AUGGAUUUCGUGGACGGGUUGCUAAGAUCAGACAGACAUACAUCAAUUAUGGUGGUUGUUGAUAGGUUAAGUAAAUUUGCUCAUCUUAUUCCAUUGACUCACCCUUACUCAGCUAGGCUUGUUGCUUCCAAGUUUAUGGAAUAUGUGAGAUGGUUAAUCGAUGCAUUGAACAAUAUCCGUGAUGUUUUGUUCAUCAUCGACCAAAGUAGUGGAGCGCUCUUCUUCUUUGGGCAGAAUACCGAUAUAACACCACGUUUUAUUCAUCUAUUGGUAUGGCACCUUUCCAAGCCUUGUACCCAUAUUCUGACAUAUGAAACAGGCUCUACAAUGGUGGAUGAGUUGGAUGCGCAGUUAGCAGCUUGUGAUGAGCUACUUAGUGAACUUAAGCAGCAUUUAGCGACAUCAAACAAUCGAAUGAAGCAACUUGUUGAUUCCAAGUGGCGAGACAUCAACUUCAACAACAACGAUUGUGUCUUUCUUCACCUCCAACCUUAUCGGCAACAAUCUGUCUUCCGUUGGACAUCACAGAAGCUAUCAAACCGAUUUUUCGAUCCAUUUCAGGUGGAAGAACGCAUUGGACAAGCGGCUUACAAGCUGAAAUUACCGGCAGCAUUGCGGAUUCAUCAUGUUUUCCAUGCCUUUCUAUUGAAGAAAAGAAUAGGGACAGAUCCACCAAUCAAAGGGAAACUUCCACCUCUACGGGAAAACAUAAGUCUGCAGUUAGAGCCGGAGAAAGUGCUAGAAAUACAAUGGAUGAAGCAGGGGUCUAAGUUCAAGUCAGAACUAUUGGUGCAAUGGAAGGGCCUCUCUAUCGAGGAAGCAACUUGGGAAGAUGAAGAGUAG